CUCUCAUUUAUGCUCAUCAUUCACCCUGGUUGCAUGUAUGUUCCUCCAAAGCUUCAGUCUAAAGUGAAGUUGGACCUUUUGUUGAGAGGAGGCUGUAUUCAGACUGAGUGCAACCCCUCCUCUUCUGUCAUCAAUGUUGUGACAGAAUGUGGACUUGAUAUCAGUUCAGGAACUCAAUUCAAGCUGAAGUCCCUGCCUUUCUGCCGAGUCUCUCUCAGAGUGCUAAAGGUAAGUUUAUUCCAGAAACUGCUUUUGUUUAUGACCUUGUUUGAAAGUUACUGUCAACCUCAGGAACAGGAAGCCACACACACACACACACUCACACAUAUAAAACACACAGGAAAAGAGAAGCUGCUAAGCACGGCUUUUCUCUCUCCUCCUGAUGCAGGAAACAACAGCUCGACACGCUCCAGGUCACGUCUGUUUUGUCAAACUGUGAUACUUUGUGUGUUUGCUGUGCUUUGUCUCGAACCCUAUGAUUGAAAAUGUUCAGAGGCAGAGGUUCAGCCCCUGGCAGAUCUGUGGGGAUCAACAGUUCCUCAUCUGUUGUGUGUGUGUGUGUGUGUGGGUUUGCAUCUAAAAAGAGAGAGAAGAAGGAAGUGAGGAAACUAAACAUCUUCCUUUUUUUUUUUUUCAGUAUGACAACUUUUCGACCAGUUCAGACAGACUCUCUGCUCAGAAACUUCUGGACACCUAUAGUCAUCAAAAAAUCUUUUAAAAACAAACCCUGAUGUGAACUGUAGAGAGCACAAGUUUUUCUUUGAAUCCAAAAAAUAAAACAAGAAUUGGAAGAUUUUCACACAGAGGUAUAAACCACCCGGCAGUGCAAUCAUCAUUUUACUCUGCUGGUCUGUGAGUCAAACAGUAAAGUCAAAAAGCCCCUGUAGAAAGAGAGAGAGACUUUGUGCCCAAGAUGUUGAUGUAGAAAGUGUUUCCUCAUUCUCAUGUACAGCACAUCUUCUCAGCUAGUAGUGCACAGCUGAUCCUUUGCAGAUUUUGUUGGCAGGAGGAGAAUAUCUCACCUUGAGGAGAGCCGAUGGAGGCUGAUAUCUUUGAGUAUCACAAAGAAGAAGAGCUGGUGGACAUCGAGACUUUUGAGGGUAUGACUGCAUUCACUGCACUGUACAUAUACCACCGGUAGUCCUCAAUAGUAAAUCAUGAUAUGUAAAUGAUCAUAUUUUCUAUCUAUCUUAAUACAAGAACUAUAUCAGUGAUGUAAGCUGAAUGUACAGUGUGAGAGUUACACGUUUUAUUUUACUAACAUAAUUAGGAAAUAUGAUUUUACUCUAAAAAGCUCCGCUCAUUCAGGUUGAAUCACAUUUUUGAAGACUUAAAUAAGCUCCUGAACUUAAAGGUACUGUGUGUGAUAAUGAGUUACAUUUCACAGAACAGGCUUGGUAUAAAUUUAACACCCGAAUAUCAAAAUCUUUUCUUUUCUAUUAUCAUAGUUGCUCAACAACUCACAAUAUAGCCCCAAGUUUGGUCGAACUUCUCAAAUUUUAGCUAAAGUGGUGGACUUUAAAAAUGACAGCCACAUGAGACACAAAAAUCACUCACUUUCGUUCGUUUAGAGUUAUGUUUCAGCCCCCUGAGAAGAAGAAUGUAAGUCUUAAAUAUUUGAGCCUAAAAGAAAAUAAGAAAAGUUGUCUACAAAAUCAAACAGCAGGCUGAAAGACGCUGAAACCAUCUCUGCUGUGCUGCAGAGAUAUGUGUAAAUUUUUACUCCUAAACACAUUUGAUUUGUUUGUGAUUUAGCAAUGCCUGUCUUAUCACAAACUUAACAUUUAAGUUGAUAAAAAAUGUGAAUUAACUUCAUCAUGUGGAGCAUUUCUAGCCUUAAGGCCACUUUACAAGAUUUACUUUACAUGCCUUUUUCACUAUUUAUUUACACAUCCAUACACUCAUAAUUUUCAGAUUUAAAAUGUGCUGAGAUAAUGUUUGCUUUUCAUUAAAUGUAAUUUGUGAGGGUUUUUUAAAGCAUUUCAAAGAGGCUGUUUGAUCACUGCUUUUUAUAUGUCUACUCAGGGGGAAAGCAAAAGCUCAUUCAGCCAACAUCUUUAAAUAACCCCAAACUUAAAAAACUAAAAGAGGUAAGUCAUUAAUUCUUGUUAUCUGCAAAUAAACCUUUGUCUGAAGCUUUGUUUAUUUAUUUGACAUGUAAUACAGCGUUAAAAACAUCAUCCUGUGCAGAUCCAGGAUUCCAAGUUUGACGUUAAUGGGUUUGAGAUCACUGCAACACAGGAAACACAUUAUAAAGAGCUCACACGUAUGUGUGCAGUGACAUGCAUGAAUAAUAUCUGAUACAGGAAUGGAAGAGGAAAAAUCUGUGAAAUUUUAAUGAGCAUAAUUAUCAGAGGUGACACAUCAGAGAGACACGACAAAGAGUCUGCAGAGCCGACUGGAUGUGCAUUUUGAUUGGCAGAGAAAGGUUGAUGUACGAGGGGCAAUAAAUGAAUAAACAACUUAGUAAGACAAGCGUAAGUGAAAACAAAUUAAAUAUUGCUUAUUCGGGGAGCACUUUAUAUUUUUCAUCAGUUCCAUCAGCUUAUCUUACAAAAUUGGCAAAGAUAAUUGAAAAAAAACAAAGUCUCAAACUGUUUUUCAUUUGGGGCACAAAAAUGUAGACGAGCAGAUGAAAGGGUUUGAUGUUUCUGACUGUGUAAUGAAUUGUGUCUCGGUAGGCGUUGCUUUAUUGGAUCAAUAGCACUUUGAAACUGGAGCACAUAGUUGUUCAGAGUCUGGAGGAGGAUCUGUAUGAUGGACUGGUGCUUCAUCACCUGCUGUGUGAGUACAAAUGAUUGCUCUGUCAUCCCUGAUAUUUAAUCUUUCAUUGUCUGACUUCCUCUGAAUCAUGAUUUCAACCUGAAGAUGAAAAUGAACGAAUGAUUUCCAUCAUACUGAGUGAUAGAGAUGAGUAUAUGAGCAAAACAAAUGCCGUCAGCAUUUGACUGAUCCCUCACUUUAUCUUUGUAUAUGAUAUCAUUGUUGUUAAAGCUCCUAUGAGGAGUUUUUUGACAUCUAUGAAAUAAACUGAAAUUCAUACUGAUGCCUUCUGAUGAUAAACUGAAGCAAACAAGACCAUCAGAAACGAGACUGAGGAUUUUUAUAUCUUAGUAUUCAAAGCAUGAAACUGGUACAACGGGGUAGGUGUUGGUCAAGCAGCAAAAGAAACAGCCUUGUUUUUAUGUUUUUUACAUAAAAUAUUCACAACAAAUGAUACAUUUUACAGUCAAAAGUCAGUGAAUGGGGAAUCAUACAGAGGGCACCGAAAUUGACCCAAACUGAAAGACGUAUUCCGGCGUAAAGUUAAUUUAGGGUCAAACACACCGUAACACCGAGUUAGACACCCCCUCAGGAGAUGAAUGUUGCCGACUGCUUGCUUCUCUAGUCAUACCAACUUUAGUAACGACCACAGAAAGCAAUACACAGUGGUCUGAGGAGCCAUAAACAAACCUCAACCAAAACGCCACUCUAUAGCCACAAAUAAUGCUCAGAACAGCACCUAACUUCAUCAACAGUACAUACAGGGUCCAAGCCAUAGCACUAGCCACCAAACAUGUUUUAAACUUUGCCUAAUUUCUUUAGCAAAGAGACUGAACACGACUCACCUACUCUCCUCCAGCAGCCGCUUGUUUGUACAGAGACCUCAGGCCAGUCCGUUACGGACUGCUGCGGGGUGACGCAGCUCAAAGAAGAACAUUUAUGAUCAUUUCUUCAUGGAAAUGCAAUCAGACUGAGAUGCUAAGGCAGAAGAACUACCGCGUCUGCAGUGCAAAAUGAUUAAUAUGGUGAUUAUUACUUCAAGGAAAUGAUAAAGAGAUGAUCAUAAAUGUUCUUCCUUGAGCGGCGUCACCCCGCAGCAGUUCGUAAUGAACUGGUCUGAGGUCUCGCUACAAACAAGCGGCUGGUGAAGAGAGUAAGCUUUAAGUUGGCUCAGCAUUAAGCUCAAUGGGACAUGCUAAGAAAUUAAAAUAGGCUAAAUGCUAACCAUGUUUGCCACAUUCAUAAUACAGCCAGUUUCCUCUUACUUUACUCUCACAGUUGAAAUCUAAAAUGGGUUAGAGUUAUUAAUUAACAAUAUUGUCUUUACUUUGACAGCCAGACUAGCUGGUGUUACUUUGUCCGUGGAGGAGAUAGCGGUUACCACCACAGCUCAGAUCCGUAAGCUGGAGGUGAUCAUGGAGGAGCUGGACAAAAGACUGGGUCUACAGAACGACAGAGAGAUCAAGUGGAACGUCAAACGUGAGUCAUUUCAACCACGAAGCAACAAGUGAACAAAUGUUCUGUGUCAGCUGCCAGUUCAGAUUACUACAGGAUUUGGUGUUAGUUCAAGUGUGCCAUGAUAGCUAACACCAACUGUUGAGGGAUUUUAACAGAGCGAGAAAAAAAAAGAAAAAAAAUCAUGACACCAUGGUUUUGGUUUUGGUCAGCUGUCGUCUAAAUGAGAAACUGAGUGUCUGGGGUUCCUCUCACUCAUGUGAAUGUUUUCUGCUGUACUACAUGAUUUAUCAUGCUCAGACAGGAAAGCACAAAUACUGUUAUGAUGGCACAGUGCUGUGUUGCAGGUUAGCAAAAUAUUAAAUGCAGGAAAUCUGACAAAUCACUACUUCAUCACGAGCCUACUUCGCUCCAUAUCUGAUUUUGGAGCUGGGAAAGUUCCAGUAAGGAGUUGUAAACAAAGCAUUAUUAGUUAUAUCAGGCAAUCACAACCCACUGCAUGAUAGUUUGUGCAUCAAAGCAAUAUGAAAACACUGUCAAAGACAAAACUUCAAAAUAUUGACUGACUACUCAGCUAGGUUUCAGUUAAAAUUGGUGUCUAAAAUCAAAAAUGGUGUCCUUGUUAAUGAGUUUAAGAUUAUUUAAAUUCACUGUUGUUGGUAUUAGUGUGUUUUGUUUCCUGUUUUACUUCCUGUGAGUAAUAAUGGUUGGGGUAGAUAAGCUGCUGGAUAGAUGUGAUGGUCCAAGUCCACUAAUGCAUGUAAUGUGUUAAAGUGGAACCAAAAUCACAGGGGACAUCAAUCAGUGACGGGCUGAUUAGUAGGUGCAGGCUCAUAGGAGAUGGAUGUGGGUUGCUGCUGACCAUGUAACAGAUUAAAGGACAGCGGAUGGCGACCAGCUCCUGUUAACAGGAAGCGGUCAGCAGUCCCAAACAGAUGCUUCCUAUCCCCAAAAGACAUCAAAACUGUGUAUGAAGCCCAAAGUGUGGGCACCACAAACAGACGACAGACAGGUUCAGCAGCCUGUUAAACCACCCAAUCCCCUCGCCACAGGUGGGGCGGGAAAUGUAAACUUAAGUGUCAAACUCUUUGACAGUGUUGAAAAGGUGGUGAAAAUCCUGUUUGAUUAGUUUGGACUGCUGUUUGGAGAUGCUGUUGGUAUAUGUUUGUGAUUUUGCUGGCGAUGUCCUGAGCAGUUUCAUCAGGGAAUGACAGAGUAAGAGCCUCCUGCAAACACAGGUACCUCAUGAUGAAGUCCUCCUAUGGUUUAUGUUGUCUCUUUUUACAUCACUCCCCUAUAAAAUAAUUGUUUAGCUUGAACAAAUGUUUUUCUUUUCUAUGGUAUUGUGGUAUUUUAAUGUUAAUGUGGCUUGGUGUGGUCGAAUGCUAACAUUAGCUGACGGUUUCUGGGAGUGGGUUGGCAAAUAUGUUGUUUUAAUUUAAAAUACUCCUCCCAAUUGCUAGUUUCCAUGAAGGCCAAUGAUGAAUAAUAUAGAUAUGAGAUGUUAAACUUUGGAAAUGAGCAAAAUAGGUUAGAAAUGUUCAUUAGAUGGUCUUUUAGGUCAAGGAUUCAGAUUAGUUUGGCCUUCGUCUGCUCUCAUUCUAGGAUGUGUCAAUCUCUGUUGUUGUUAUUUUUUGUAUUUUGUUCUCCUCUGUUUGCCUGUCAGUCAUCCACAACAAAGACCUUUUGGCCACUAUUCAUCUGCUGGUUGCCAUGGUGAGAUGUUUCCAGCCUGACCUGGAUUUACCACCACAUGUAAAAGUUGAAGUUGUAAUGAUAGAAGUGAGUAACAGCUCAGGAUUCAGGCCCUCAACAUACAGCGAAAUUAUAAACACCAAUAACGGUUUUGCUUUUAACUGUUUGUUUACCUUUAUUUACAUGCAGGUCACUAAAAAUGGAAUCAAAUCUGAGGUUGAGACGGAGGUCCUAACAGCAGCGAGGUGAGCUGAUUUAUGUGUGGCCUGAUUGUGUGGAUGAUGCAAAACAUCUCAGUUUACCUCUUUUUUUUUCCAGUGAUGCUGCUUCAGGCUCUCUUGAGAAUACUGAAAGUGAGUAUGGAGUCGUAUCUUGAGCUGAUGUGACAUAUUGAAUGUCAUCCAAGCUGCAUUUUAACCUUUACCAAUGUUAAUGCACUUCUGUGGUUGUAUGGUCACCCAGGGGAAGACCCCAUCGAAGCCCUUUUGAAGCUCGAGUCUCACAAGGUCAACACGGUGAAGAAGGUGAAAAGAGGAGAGGGGGGAGGUACUGAGGGACUUUAGGGAGACAAGUUUUCCACUUAUCCACAAGAACAACUGAGGACAGAAAAGGAAAUGGAAAAAAUAGACUUUAGUUUGAUUUGAAAUCUACCUUUUACCUUUAUUAAAGCAUGAUAAAGACUCAAAGUCAAAUGAAACCUUGAAAAUUAUGUCUUACGAGUGGAGGUUCUAUUCUUUUUUGCUUAUGUUGACCUAUAUAAAUAGAGAUGAAUGUAAUUUAAAAUAAACAAACAAACAAAUAUGUGUUAUAAGAAAUAUCAAACACACAACACACCAUUCCGUGCUGAUUGCUACUUGCAAUCUCUUGUAACUAGGCACGUGCGCCUUUAAACCUCCAAUGCGGUCGCCAACAAAUCUGCAAGUUGGAAUAAGAAAUUCAUUUAUAUUUUAUUAUAUCUAGAACUGUAGGUCUAAAAAUACCUGCUAUAUAUUGGGUCUAAGCCAUAACACAACCACUUGUCACUAGCUGGGAAUCCAGUUAAUAUCUACCCACAAUAACACUAAAGUACUCUACUACCCAGAUGUAAACAAGAUGAGUUAAAACCCACUUUGAGCAAAGACAGAACAUCAGGCAGUAAUGUGUGUUUUUUCUUGUUGUGAUAUUUUACUUUUAAUCUUUUAGCACCCGUGGGAGUUGUAGUAACCCAUUUGAGAAAUACAACCUCAACAUCUCAGCUAGAUAAGACCAACAUGUGUUUUCACCUGCCUUACCUCAGUUUUCUAUUUCCAGGCUAUCUUACACUUUGUCAACCAGAACAUGUCCACCAUGGGCCUGCAGGUGGCUGAUAUGGAGAAGCAGGUGAAGGGAAAAAAACACCCGUACUUCAAAAGACUAGAUUACUUCUCCAGAUAUCAUACCACUUUUCUUGGACUGACUCUAAUGUUUUGUGUGUUUUUUGUUCAGUUUGCUGAUGGUGUGAUUCUGCUGCUGCUGAUCGGACAGCUUGAAGGCUUCUUUAUCCCGCUCUACGACUUCAAUCUGACCCCUGUCAAUCCCACUGAGAUGGUACGGUAUGGAUUCAAUAAGGACACCUUAUGCAUAAGUGAGGGGAAUGCAGCAGAAAAAAAUGAACAGUGACACUCAGAGGAUACACUAGAUACUACUCAGUUUUAAUCAUUCUCUGCAGAUGACGUUGGUGACAUUUGCAAUGCAUUUAUUAAUCCAAAUUUCACAGUAUCCAGUCUUAUUUUAUUCACUGAUGAUAUUUUAUAGGAGUGCAGAUAUACCCAGAAACCAUUAUUAUAAUUUAAAAUGAUAGCACAUUUUCAAUUUUGUAAUUUGAGAUUAUUUAAUUUCCUACUGAAGCUCAGCAGAUUGUUCAGCUACAGCACUGAAACCUGGCCCAAAACUCUUUCUAUUACCUUAUAUGAUAUGAUAAAAUGAAUAUUUCACUCUUUCCAUUAAAAAGUAUAUGCAUAAUUACUGCGGUGUCAAGGCUCACUAAUAAUGAUAUCUUUGAGCUCACUUUACUGAAGGCAGUAGGAUGAGACUGUGAAAAACUUAUGACUCUUUUAUAACAGAUGUGAUCAGCAUAUAAAAAACUGAAGACCUGAAGACACUUCCAAAACUCCAUUUGAGACCAAUUUAACUCUAAAAAAGUACAAAUAUUUAAAGGGUAGACACAUUAUACAUUAUCUGGAGUGCAUUACAUUUUGUUAGAUGAUGUCUUGUAUGUGAAAAAUUUAUGUUUUGCGCCAAUAAAUAUUGGAUUUGAUCACUGAGAAUUAUUUUAAUUCAAAAUUAUGCCAAAAAGGUCUUAAGAUUUGUUAAACUAACAACAAAAACGUGAGCACAUGCAAAAGAUAUGUCUGUUAAGCUAGUUUCCCAACAAUUUGUCAUUCACAAGAUAAUCAGGACCCAAAGCUGUAUUAUUUAUUUCACAGUGAAAGGGACCAACCAUGAACAAAAUUAAUAUCAUGCUGUGUUGAAUAGACCAGUAGAUUUGCAAAAUUUCUUCCUUUUAGUUAGAGAGAAAGCAAGUUGAAUGUGCUUCAAGGAGAGGCUGUGUCCACUCUGUAACCCAACUCUGAAAAGUUUUAGAAAACAUUUAGUUACAAAAGUAAACAUGCUCAUCGUCCUUCUCAGAUUUUUUUGUAUUCACUUUUUUUUAAAAAGGCCUGAGCUUGGAAAGUAUCCCUUUGGAGAAAAAUAGAAAAUUCCUUUUAGAAGAAAACUGAGAUGCAUUCAAAACGUUACGCUUUAGGACACCUUUAAAGUAUGAAACAACUUUUCUUGCUUGGUUAUAGUUAAAUAUUAAUCAGUAAGCUAAAACCUUUUUUUCACAUCAUUGGUAAAUAGAAUUUCAGAUGCUGAUUGUGGAUUUUGUGUUUGUAAUUUUGAUGUUUUUGACUCGCAGCUUCACAAUGUAACCCUGGCCUUAGACCUCAUGGAUGAAAGCGGUCUGCAGACAUCUAGUGUCGACCCACAGGGUGAGGAAAUACACACUGUGCACAAAAAUACACACUUGCUUAUACGACCCCACUUUUUUGAUGUGGGGUUGUAUGAAGUACUCUUCAAUAGCGAACAUAUUAGCCACAGGGGACCCUGGUCAGACCGCUGACCAAAACAGAAGCUGGACUUCCAACUGUUGCAGUUUGGGUCAGCUCUAACAUGUAAUUUAGCAUAUUUUUAAUAUCAAACUCCAACAAAAACAUUGUUUACUAUGUAUGUGUGCACGUUUUACUUUGCAGUCUUAAGGCCCAUUUGCAGGAUUGUUGUUGGCCUGGCCAUUCAGGCGCACCCCAUGCACAGAAGCUACAGCUCUUUUAGCACUGGUCAGAGGAUCAGUCCCUAAAUCGCAAUGAUUUGUUUCCACUCUCAGUGCUUAGCUCGGAGUUUGUUGAAAAUGACUAAAUCACAUUACAGAGCUGACCCUGUCUACAGCAGUUGGUCACCUCGCUCACCUGUUUCUUAACAAAGGCGCUGAGUUGACCAGGAUCCAUUGUGGCUGAUACACUUACUUUUGACAAGUACCUCAUACAACCUCACUUUAAAAAAAAAAAAACACCCUAUCCCUUUAAAAUGCCAGGCAUAGAGGAUGACGAAGGACAAGUAAAAAAAAAAAUGAAAAUGAAAAGCGAGGGCCUGCAAGUAAAAUGAUAACAUCAGGAGAGAGCCCACUUCAGCUCACAGACAGCAGUGUCAGACUAAUUCAUCUGAUAUCCUCUAAUCAGGAGCGUUUAUCUGUGUGACAAGGAACGCCAAAAUCUGUUAGUGUGUCAAGCGAGGAGUAGGGGGUCCGCCUCGGUACUUUGAGAUAAUUUUAGGUGGAGUGUGGGUUUGACGGUGAUUUGGAGAGAAAGAUGGAAUUGUGCGCCGAAUAUGAACAAGUGCAAUUUGUGUCUCUGUGAGUAGCGCUGUGGAUGAUUGGCUCAGUCCGAGGUCAUCAUCAUUCAUUUAGAGAGAAGCAGCAAGGGAGAUGGUCCUCAAGGGGACCAUGUCACUGUGGGGCUGAUAAACACAGUGGUUUAACCUCACAGGCAUGGCUUCAUCUACUGUGACUGUGUGUGUGUGUGUGUGUGUGCGACUAGAGGAAAAUAUCUGUAUUCAUGAACACUGCUUCUCUAUCCCACCCACUUAUCAGAUUCAUCCCAGGAAUACUCUGACUGUAUCCCUGCUGAAAUGAUCAGUUUCACUUUGCAGCAGCUGGUUAGAGAUAUCAAACAGUUUGUUAUUUGUGUUGUCAGCUCAAUAGUCGUACAAUUUAUCAUUUUAUUUAUCCGGGCUGGCACAUUUUAGGAGUAUAAAGGUUUGAGGUAUACCGUCCAAGUCACCGAGGUUGCUCUCUAGCUGAACUGUAGCAUUCAGUUAUUACGAAAGUACAACAAGCUCCUUCAACAAAGCACCAAAAAAUCAAGCUAGAACGAAUUCAACAUGUCAGGUACCAGGUCAAAGAAAACUCUCACAGUCUUAAAUCACACUUUAAAAAAAAACAUCACAUUUGGAGCAACCUGCACAGAUCGAAAACUAAGUGUUACCUGGUUUAGUCUACGUUACAUCAGCUUAACUAUGGCAGGGGCUCUGAGCAGCAAGAAACAAAUGAAGCUGGCAAUUAUGGAGAAUGUCAGGUACCCAAAAAAUGACCCAUUUUAUCACCUGUUUCCAAAAUGUUUGCAGAAAAAAAGAGUCAAAAACAUUAAACUUGAUGCAACAUCUAAAGAAAAGAAAAGUUAAGAAAAUGCACAAUAACUGAAAAAUCAAAAGUAAUUUUUUGAUUAAUAAACAAACGAAAAUGAACAGUGAUGCUUCUCUGCAAUGUUCAAAAACAAAUGAGACUAUCAUUAACAAAAAUUAUACUAUCUGUAUAGUGAUUUUUAAUGCCUGUAUCUGCUAUGAGGAGGCAGGUACACUGAAGAAAUAGUCUUUGUUACUUUCCCUCAACAAAUAUUCACACUAAAGGAUAUAAAAGUAAAAGGCAAGAGGUUUACAACUUUGUCCACAAGGGGCGCCAAAAUCAAUGCAAACAGAAAAUUCCUCACAUGAGCUUUUCUUAAACAUAAGGUGAAUAAUUAGUAUGAAUCUAAAUAUAAACAUAUCAGCUUCAAUCAAUGACAUUGUGGGGCUUUGUUUGGUGACCUUUAAAGAGCUUCCUCCUGUUUGUGUGGAGUAAAACAAGGCAUGGUAGCUUAUAUAACCUGAUGCGAAACACUUAUAUAAUAACAAUAACUUCUGCAACAUACGAUAAGAAUUAAUUAACUCUACUUUAGUAAUUAAUGUCUUCCUAUUAUUUUUACUAAACUUCAAAUGAAAACAUUUAUUGACAGGAUUUUCUUAUUUCUAUUUUCACUGGGAGUGAUUAACACUGUUAAAGUCUUAUUAGUGCCUGAGAGGGUCGUAGGAGUUUAAUUUAGAAAGCCGGCUCAAACUUUUCCAGCAUGUUUUCAAAUCAGAAAUGAGAGCAUGAAUAUUUUAUUUGUUUUGUUCAAUAUUAUUUCUUUGCUGUGUUGUUGUUGUUGCGAGCAGCAGCAGAAAAUAACACAAUCAAUCAGACACAAACAAAACCUAAUAAUUUCUAUAACUAUAAAACGUGGUUUAGUCAGUUUUCUUCUUUAAAUUAAUGCUGGCUCUCAUGGACUAAAAUUCUCACCUCCUUAAUAAGACAAAGAUUCAUGUCACAUCUCUUAACUUUCCAAGGACAGAGUUGCAGUUAAUUUCAUUUACAUUUUCUUAUAGAUAACUUGAGCUGUUUUACUUAUUCUACUGGUUAGGACUCAAAAGCUCUUUUAGUUUAAACUUCAAGGUAUAAAUAUCCAAGGACAAAAACAGCCUCUAUGUUGUGAAACAAUUCUGUCUCGCCUGCACCGAGGUCUGACGUCAAUCUGAUCAAGCACCUUUAAGACGAACUGAAGCGCUGCUGACCGUGAGCCAGAGCUUAUCGCCCAACAUCAGCAGACUUCCUAAUGCAGGUGAAAAGGAGCCAGUCCCUGCAGCUGGUUUAGAAGGAUAGGAGCUGUGUUAUAUAAGUCUGUUCUUGCAGAAAAUAAAAGCCUGUUGUUUUGGAGUGAGAUGUUAAAUAACCACAAGUGGGUGUGAUGUUUGGGUGACCACGUCGGGUAAAUAAAUCAAAAAAGAGUGGAAUGUGAUAAAGAGACCGGUUCAGUGAGUUAGCGGCUCCUUCGAGUGUGCGGAUCAAUCAAUAGUACAUAGAUGUACUUCUCCUCCCUGCAGAUCUAUUAUAUCGACAGCUCUGUGUUCUCUCCGAGCUUCACCAGCACUAAAACUUCCCCACCAUAUUGCCUUCCAGCAGUGCAGCCAGUGAUUGUGAAGUAAAUCCCCAACACGAUAACUGUUAAUGUAAGGACCAGAGCAAUUAAUCUAAGCCAGGAGCAAGUGGUUAAUUUAAUUCAUUUUUAGUGUCUUUUUAAUUACUGGCAUAAUUGCAGUGAUGGAAUGAGGGAUCCCGGCACUCUGGGUCUGAACCGGGAGUGCUCUGCGCGCAUUAAUCAGGUUAGCCCGUGCUGGAGUCGAUCUUAAUGUCACUUUUAUUCAGUUAGAGCAUCUCACAACUGAGAGCAAUUUUGUUGUCUUACCAUGGACAUAUUGAUUUAAUCGCCAUCUAAUGUUUUCUUUUUUUUGUCCCCCUGAUCUAUGACCUGUCAGAUGGUUGGUGAGGAUAGUUAUGGGCUUAUGUUGCUAAAAGCAUCCUCGUGUUCCUGGUGCCUCUGUAGAUUUCCUAGAUACGGAUGGUUGCGUUUUAAAUCCUCACUACAAAUCCUCCUUGUGUCAUGUGACAGAUAUAGUCUCUCAGGACGUUACGGCCACCUUGAAGAUCCUCUACACCCUGUUCAAGAAGCACAAAGGGAAGUGAAGAAGCUGGACGAGCGAAGAUAAAAUCAGCAGCAACAACAACAAACAGAGAAGAUGUGUGGAGUGUUUGCUCGGUUUGUUUUUCCUCUGCCUUCUACCUUUUUCAAAACUAUUCAGGUUUAUGCUCAGGAAAGCAUUUAUAGGUGCAUGAGACCAAAACAGCUUUGAGAAAUUAUGUAUAAUCAGUAAGCGUCUGAGGGCACAGACAAAAAAAAUCUAUUUAUUACUGGAAUUAGUCGAUCUAGUCAUUGAUAUUGAAGAAAUAUGAUAUGGAUGAUUUGCAAUCCAUCUUUGCACGAAAGAAAUAAACAAAAAACAACCCUCCCUAAAUGGAGAUGUGUGAUUUGAAAUAGAUAACAUUUUCAGAUGUCUAUGGAGGUGGGAGGUAAAAAAGUAUGAGUGUGAUUCAUAUUCAAAGCACUCUCUCUCUAAUGUAUUGACUGACUCGUCAUGAUCGGUCAGAGAGCGAUCCAGUCUGUGUGCUGAAAAACAAAAUCUGGUGUCUGUCCACAGCUGUGGCUGUUUGAAAGGGCAACAAAAAUGGCCCAGAGGAAGCCACACAACAUGGUUUUACCCAAUUAGUAAAAGGUAGCACCUUUGCUCUGCCCUCCGACCUCUGCCUCUGUUGGCUUUUCCUCCUUUUUUUAUACUCCAUGUGUGCAACAGAAACUGAGCUACGCUGUCGGAGCAAUAAAAACUUCUCCCCCUUACAGAGGCUAGCUCACCCUCGAGCAUCAGGUAUUCUGAACUCUGCUGUAUUUUUAAUCUUACCGAGCCUCUGAAAAAGUAAUAUAGGACGUUUUUGUUUACAAACUUAAACACAUUAAUUUCUGUAUCAAAAAUAAUCAGCUCAUUCAUGCCAUUAACAUCAACAAUCAAACCCAGUAUUACCACAGUUUUCAUCAGGCCACAUCAUUAAACAAUCAAUGUCUCGUAAUGUGCAUUCAAGUAGGUCUUUAAAUUAGUAGUUCUUACUAUUUUCCCACAGAUGGCACUAUUUACUCAUUUUGUCCCCAAGGCCAAGACAAACAGUUCUCCUAACAACCACUAGGGACACUAUUUAGGCUGCUGAUGACUAAUGCGUCUUUGUAACUCCAAUAAAUGUUAAAGGUCUGAAAGUAGAUGUAUUUUUGAAAUUUGUCAACAGGACUGAGUUGGUGAAAAUGUUUGACACACUGAAAGCGAAAAUAAAAAUGGUAUUGACGAUA